ACCCUCGCUGGUUUUCAGAGAUGUGUAUCGUCAGCAUGUAUUCUGGCGACUGGGUUGACCAUCUUUCUCAUUUUGUGGUCAGCAAAUUCAAAUGUUUUGCAUCUUGUGUGCCUGUGAUCUGUAGCUGGGUUGUUUUCAGGGUGUCACCACAUCUUCUUGGUUGACCUCAACCCACGGGGGAUCGGAUUUGUUAAAACACAUGGAGAGUCUGACAGCGGAGACAUGAGAAGUACAAUUUUCUGCAUAUGAACACAAAUACACAUGCACGCUCUCGACAAGUCAAGCGAGGGAGGCAACAUGCCCCCCGUCUUCUCUCGGGGUUUCGCCACGCGAGCGCUGUCUGUCAACAGGGCGGCGUUUAAACGAGAGGGAGAUUGAAAGGUUGACCUCGCACACUCUCGGCGCUCCCUCCUCGCGCAUCUCACAUGACAGGCUGCGCACGUUAUUUAUUCAUGUUUAAAGACGGCCUGCUGGAAACACACCAACAGCCACAACACACACACACACACACACACACACACACACACCUGACAUCCAAACUGCAGUCAAUAGAUGCAAUAUAGGCAGAAUAAAUCUCCAUAAAGUGUCUGAUUGGGAUCCGGUUUGCAUGUCAGCGUCGUCUGCUGUUGGGAACAUCUGCAGGAAACCAUCCCAACAACUGGGCGAAGAGAAGACGGAGGGAGGCGAGCCCGAGCUGACACUAAUCCGGCAGAGACGUGUUUCCUAUCCUGCAUCCACCCUCACAGAGCGCGAUGACGUGAAUCAACUCUUCGGGUUCACACAGUGCAGCUCAGUGUGAGGCGUCUCCAAAGGCCUCUCAUGCCACCCCGGAGUCAGGAGGCUGAUUGACAGGACUUGGCUGCCUGUGGACCCUCCUUCCUUCCUCAGCGUCUCCUCCUCCUCCUCCUCCGUCUCUCUCCCUCUCUCUCUCUCUCUCUCUCUCUCUCCUCUCUCUCUCUCCCUCUCCUCAAUCGCAGGGCUGCGCUCACCGACUCGACACCGCCAGCCAACAGGGAUGCAGCGAGGGCGCAGCGCAGCCUGAAAAAUGGCACCAGCACCACCACCACGCGUCCUGUGGAUCUAUCCAUCCCUUCCCCUCGUGUCCUCCCUGCCGCUGCUGCUUCUCCUGCUUUUUCACGCGCUGUCGCCGUGCCGAGCCUUACGGAAUUACCCGGAGAAUGAAGUGACGUUGCUGGACUCCAUGUCAGCCUUGGCCGAUCUGGGCUGGGAGGCCUACCCAAGUGAGGGGUGGGAGGAGAUCAGCGUCAUGGAUGAGAGGAACACCCCGAUGAGGACCUACCAGGUGUGUAACGUGAUGGAGGCCAACCAGAACAACUGGCUGAGGACGCGUCACAUCAGCCGAGAAGGAGCGCAGCGCGUCUACAUCGAGAUCAAGUUCACCCUGAGGGACUGCAACAGCCUGCCCGGGGUCCCUGGGACCUGCAAAGAGACGUUCAACAUGUAUUACUACGAGUCCAACAAUGCCAACCUGUGGUUCAUCAAGGAGAGCCAGUACGUCAAGAUCGACACGAUUGCUGCCGAUGAGAGUUUCACACAGGUGGAUGUCGGCGACCGCGUGAUGAAGCUGAACACGGAGGUGCGCGACAUCAGCAACCUGAGUAAAAAGGGUUUCUACCUGGCCUUCCAGGACCUGGGCGCCUGCAUCGCUCUGGUCUCGGUCAGGGUCUUCUACAAGAAGUGUCCCCUCACCGUGCUCAACCUGGCCCAGUUCCCCGACACGAUAACGGGCGGGGACACGGCGCUGGUGGAGGUCCACGGCAUGUGCGUCAACGCCUCCGAGGAGUUCGAGGCUCCUAAGAUGUACUGCAGUGCGGAUGGAGGCUGGCUGGUGCCCAUCGGGAGGUGUGUGUGCAAACCGGGCUUUGAGGAGAACAAAGACGUCUGCCAACCGUGCAGACCUGGUACCUACAAAGCUUCGGCCACGGACGCCUACUGCACCAAAUGUCCCCCGCACAGCUCCUCCCCGCAGGAACAAGCAGAGGAGUGCGUCUGCGAGAAAGGUUUCUACCGCGCUGAGACCGACCCGCGCUCCAUGGCCUGCACGCGUCCUCCCUCUGCCCCAGAGAACCCCAUCUCCACAGUGAACGAGACAUGCGUCACCUUGGAGUGGUCACCACCGAGAGACACGGGAGGCCGGGGGGACAUCACCUACAGCCUCCACUGCAGGAAGUGCUCCGGUGACGGCAGGAAGUGCACGCCAUGCGGCAGCAGCGUCCACUUUGUUCCCAGACAGUUUGGUCUUUUAUCAGCCAGCGUGCUCGUUACCGACCUGCAGCCAGACUCCAACUACAGCUUCACCGUCGAGAGCCAGAACGGAGUGUCGGACUUGAGUCCCACACCCAGAGGAACGGUAGUCAUCAACGUCACCACGUCACAGACAGUGAGCGUUGUGUUGAAGGAGAGGCGGAGCAAGGACAGCGUGACUUUGGCCUGGCAGGGUCCGGAGAGACCCAACGGAGCCAUAGUGGAGUAUGAGGUCAUCUACUAUGAGAAGAAUCAGCGGGAGCAGAACUACACGGUCUUGAAGACCCGCUCAAACAUGAUGACAGUGGACGGGCUUAAGCCGGGGACCACCUAUGUGUUCAGGGUCAGGGCUCGAACCGACGGGGGCUAUGGGAGCUACGGUGGAGAGAUCGAACUGGAAACCAGCCACGAAGAUGUUUUCGCUAUCGGGGACCCUAACCAGUCCACUAUUCUGGCUGUUUCCAUCGCCGGCGGGAUCGUUCUCCUCAUCUUCCUGGUGACUUGCUUCGUCGUCAGCGGAAGGCACUGUGGAUACAUUAAAGCCAAGCAGGACCCUGACGAAGAGAAGAUGCAGUUCCAACACGGCCGAGUCAAGCUUCCAGGCAGCAGGACCUACAUCCAUCCUCACACCUACGAGGACCCCAACCAGGCUGUCAGGGACUUCGCCAAGGAGAUCGAUGCUUCCAAUAUUCGCAUAGAAAGAGUCAUCGGAGCUGGGGAGUUUGGGGAGGUGUGCAGUGGUCGACUGCGCGUUCAGGGAAAGAGGGAGAUCUACGUGGCCAUCAAGAGUCUAAAGGCGGGUUACUCUGACAAGCAGAGGCGGGACUUCCUGUCCGAGGCCUCCAUCAUGGGACAGUUUGACCAUCCGAACAUCAUCAGGCUGGAGGGCGUCGUCACAAGAUGUAAACCGGUGAUGAUCAUAACGGAGUUCAUGGAGAACGGAUCCCUGGACACUUUCCUCAAGAAACAUGACGGCCAGUUCACAGUCAUCCAGCUGGUCGGCAUGCUGCGCGGCAUCGCCUCGGGUAUGAAGUACCUGUCAGACAUGAGCUACGUUCACAGAGACCUGGCAGCGCGAAACAUCCUGGUCAACAGCAACCUGGUGUGUAAGGUGUCCGACUUUGGCCUGAGUCGAGUUUUGGAGGACGACCCAGAAGCUGCCUACACUACGAGGGGAGGGAAGAUCCCCAUCAGAUGGACGGCUCCAGAGGCCAUAGCCUACAGGAAGUUCACCUCGGCCAGCGAUGUGUGGAGUUAUGGUAUCGUCAUGUGGGAGGUGAUUUCAUAUGGAGAGAGACCCUACUGGGAGAUGUCCAACCAGGAUGUGAUCAAAGCCAUAGACGAGGGCUACCGUCUUCCCGCUCCGAUGGACUGUCCUGUGGUGUUGCACCAGCUCAUGCUGGACUGCUGGGAGAAGGGACGCAGCGACAGGCCAAAGUUUGGACAGAUUGUCACAAUCCUGGACAAGCUCAUCAGAAACCCAGCCAGCCUGAGAGAGCUGGCCAACAGCUCAGCAUGCAGGGAGGACCCGUCCACCCCAGAGUUCAGUGUGAACACAGUGGAUGAGUGGUUGGAGGCCAUCAAGAUGGGCCAAUAUAAGGAGAACUUUUCAAGUGCUGGAUAUGUCAGCUUGGACUCAGUCCUCUACAUCAGUGUCAGUGAAUUGUCUAAGAUGGGUGUGACUCUGGCCGGCCAUCAGAAGAAGAUUUUGUCCAGCGCACAGGGCCUGCAGACCCAAGGGACGCACGUCCAAGUAUAACAGUUUCCACUCAACAUACAGUGAGACAGAGCCAAAAUGGAUGCUCCUGUGAAGAGUUUCCCCACUGAAAUGGAGUUGUAACGGAUAAUCUGUGCUCUGGCCUCCAUUAAUUUUGAGACACACUGAGAUGGAGACAACAUGGACGCUUGACUCCUUCACCCUCUCGCAGUUUCACCAUUCCUCCCAUCCACGAUGGGCACUACCGGCUUUAGCACUCAGAGUCCCAGCAACACAACCACCAUUAUGGAGCAACAGAGAGACACAUGUCCAACAACAAGGCCACAUCAAGAGCAUCCCAGACCAUUUCACGUCAUAUCAGCUCAACAAAAGAAGAAAAAGAAAAAAAGAUUUUUAACAAAUGAAAUGAUAAAAAAAAAAAAAAUUAGAAUAUAAUUAUCACCACUGUCUGUGAGGUGUACAGUCGGUUUUUACUGUCAUUUUGUUUCUGUUUUGAGUUUCACCUUCAAGAGUUUAAAAAAGGGUCAGAAGAUAUGUAUAUGUGUAGAUAUAUGUUUAUAUGGGCUGUGUGUCCCACAACCGUAGAGAUGGACCUAACGUUUGUAUUGGUGGUGAGGUUUAUAUCGCUGGACCUUAAUAGGAGUUAUUACCUAGUAUGUGUACGGCCCCUUCCAGUGCUCUCUCUAUACAGGAAGCCAAUGAAUGAGGCGAGAGUCUGAAUGACAUGAAUGUGUGGGGUGAAGGGGAACAGAAAAACCUGGACCUUCAGAAACAGACAGGGAUGUAAAUUUGCUAGUUCACGUAGGAUGGAAGUGGGAUUCGUUUAAAUAGUGUAUUUGAAGAGGACAAGGGCUUCCCUAAAGACUGCUCUCAGACACACUUCCAUAGAAACUAGACAAGUGCACGUUUGCUUGUCCGCUUGCACUUGAGGUGAGAGUGCAGAGAAACGGCAGAAAACUGGUGCAGUUAGCACAAAUACAUUUCGACUCUUCCAUAAAUGACUAUUCCAAACAACAUCGUCUAUUCAGCUGUGACUGUGUGAUGUGGUUGGGAAUAUUUCAGCCCGAGAGUCUGCCUUCCCAUGUUUCAGGUGUAUUGAGAACGUUUUUUUGUGUUUUGUGAAGAAGGUGCGAAGGUGAUGCCAAGGUCAUGAUAGAGUUGACACUGUUAAGAACGUGUGACUUGUUUUUUCCAGUGUUGUGCCAUGUACAGUAACCUUGAAAUGUUCAUCUGGGCAACAUACCUUCAUUCUUACUAGUCUUUUUUUUUUCAAUCAGUUCCUAAGGUUGGAUGGUAACACAAGGCCGGCCACAAUGAUUACAGUAUUAUGUCCAAAUAAAGGAGUCUCCAGAUGGACUCUGUCUUUCAAGGAGAUGAAAAGCAGUGUCGAUUUUCAGCUGUGUCACCACAAGAGGUUAAACCCUCAGUUGAAAGAGGAUGAUAGGUGUGUCUUGUACUGUCUGUCUUUCAGUCAUGCCAAUCUGUUUCAAGCACCCCUAGUGUCAAACCAAUACGGUAAAUAUACAAAACAAUGUUUACACCAAAAAGCCAAGACACAGGUUUUCUAGGUGCUGUAUCGUAGCCAACUGGACCCGUUUCAGUUCCAUCGAUACAGCACUUGGAAUGACUUCGACCUGGAUGACUGAGAACCCUCAUCAACAAUACACUGGUUUGUUGGUUUUUCCUUAUCGGAAGGAAACAGCUCCUUAUCACGUUAAUUAAAAGGUUUAAUAUGAUGGGACCCUCUGUGUGUGCACUGCAUUAAUGGCACUGAACCCGCUUAAGUGUAUUCCCAAAACCCAGUUUUAAUAUAUGUGGUACUCUAUAGGACCAACAGUGGCAAAAAGUACAGUAUAUAUGAUUGUAUCAUAGUGUAAAAUAUGUACAGUGUUGAUUUCCAAUGUUAGAAUGUUUGUAAUGAUAACGAUGAUGAUGAUGAUGACGAUGAUGACUAUGAUGUACUUUAAUUGUGAAAAAGAGAUUUCUGAAGUACUCGUUCAGGGGCGGCUCAUACAGGUGAAAAGAGAGGGGAGGUGAUUCGUUGGUCUGAACAAAGGAAUGUAGCAGGGUGCAAAGCUUCAGCUUUGAUUGACAGGUGACAGUGACUGCAGUUUCUACCAUAGUGUUAGAAUGAGUAGAAUGGACUUUCCUCAUCGAUACACUGGCUUAAUUUGAGCAAUUAGUAACAGUAAUUACAUGCACUUUUUAAGCCGGAGUCGGCCUACAACAGAACUUGUACAAAUGCGAGGAGGAGAAGGUCCUCAGUUCAAUUUUCUAUCCACUGACAUCACAAGUUUAACCCCUCCUCCUAGCAGAAUUGGUCCUAUCACAGCUUAGCAACCGUAACUAGGCACGGCAGACCUGUCAAGCUUUGCAUUUCUCCAUAUUCUGAAACAUUUGCAUGUCGUGAUUUCAUUUGGAUGGCGGUGGCUUUUUUCAAAGCCCUUCCAAAUCCCAAAAUACAACAGCAGAAGUGUAAGGAAUGACUAAACAACAGAGCAUUUGUCUGUAAUGUAAGCUGCAGUUAUUAGCAUGUCAAGCUAACUAGCUAACCUACAGUAGUAACCUUGCAUUGCUUCCAAGGUCAAAGUACACAUCAUUAAUUAAGGUGCUUGCCUUUGUUUGUGAGGUCACAGGUUACAAAAAUAAAACUGAAGCCGAUCUUGAGCGUCAGAGUUUAGGCUGACAACAGUGCCGCUCUUCUGUCCUUUAUUGGAUUUAAGGAAGUUUACACCCACUUGCCACAUCGCUCACUGCUCCAGCUGAUAUUACUCAUUAAUCAUAGCGUACAUCUUUGAAGCCUUUUCUCUUGUAGUGUUAAAAAUAACCCUGUUCUUCUACAAUACGCAUGGGACAAAAAGAAAAGUUUGGAAGCUACACAGCAAAACAGCUCAUGUUAAAACUAAAUGACAGCCCUAUCUUACCUUUACUAGUAAAUCAGGAAUGUUGUUUCUGUGUUUCCAUGUCUUCCGCAUGUAUCAACUGGUGAUCAUGUUGACUUUUUUGGACGUUCAGCUUUGGCCUCGGUCUUCUUUUGCACCAUAUCAUAAGGCAAUAACUUGCACCUUUUUAAAAAAAUGCCAUUCUUUUUGAAACAAGGGCAUUUUAAACAUUACAAAGUCAGCUGAAGGAGCAUUUUUCAACCAACUAAUCGAGCUAAAGAUAGCACUGGUAGCUAGCUUACCCUAAUAAAUGAUUCCAGUGACACUUAGAGCCAAAAAAUGUCUGGAAGUGAAGUUAUAGAGAAUACUGAUUAUUAGCCACUCUGAUUAUAAAUGUGCCACUCUAAAAUGGAAAGCUUGACAGGCUGAGGGGCCGGGACUUAGAGAACUGUCAGCUGAGGCGAGACGAAGGUUUCGACCACUGAUUGGCAGCUUUUUACUUGUGCUUUUUCUGCCCCAUUGUUUCAGAAUUUGUCAAAUAAUGGCAUGAAAACAUGUCCAAAUACAGAAGGCACCCACAUACAGUUACAGCCUACAAUACACAAUCCAUAAAUUAAACGCAGUUUGCCAAACCACUGCUGCCGUUUCAUCAUUUACACGCACAAUAAAUUCAAUAGACUUUGGAGAGUCCAGAACCAUUAGUACAUUCUACUCUUGCUAACUCUAUGAUUUCACUCUAGCGGACUACCCUUGACCGCUGGCCUUUUAGAUGCCUUAUUUACUGAGCUAUUGUUCUUUUCUGUUGCCCUAUAGAGGCGAUAUUAAGAGUAACGUGUAUGUACAAGUAGUAUUUAUCUGUGUUCUUAAGAUGACCUCACAUCAACACCCCGGUUUUGUAACAUCCCACAGUCUCCCCUCCAACAGCACCUUCACUUUCAAUCCUCUCAGCCGAACAAAAGUCAAUUUGAUUGUUGUCAUGAAUCUUAAAGCUGAUGAACUAUAAAAGCUCACAGAGGAACUGACAGAAUCGUUCUUAUUUAUUUGAGUCAUUGGGUAUUCUCAAAAGGAAAUACAAGCGAUCUACGUAGUUAGCUUACAAUUCGACUGGUGCAACAUCAUUUGCAUAUCCAGGAUUCCUCAUGCAAUACAAAUGUAAUUAUCACCAAAACAAAAUUUGGGUAAAGUGCAACUACAGCCUUGCUUUUUUUACAUGUUUAUCCAACACUCAGAAGUAAUGCCCACGCUCAAAGUCCCGGGUUUGUGUCACUAUUCACCCUAUCAAGGUUAGGUAUGUGGUUUGGUUUGCUUGAUCUCAAAUACAGUGUUUGUCCUCCAGUCCCCACCAGGUCUGUGUUGUAAAUGUUCAUGAGUGACUCUUAUUGGAGACUUUCAGCUCUCUCUCUCUUUCUCUCUCUCUUUCUUUGGCCAUCGUACAACGCUUAUUUGUCCCCAUGCCAGUUUUCCUCUGCGUUGCUUGUUGUAAAGGGUGUAGGCAUUCUAAUGUCUUUCAUGUUGCUGUAAUAAAUAUGCUAAUAUUUCUAAUUUCUCA